AGAGGCGACGAUGGAGCAGGUGUAACGUCAUGGCUAUGUCUCUAUCAAAACAAAUAGCCUAUGCUAGCUAGCUAACGUUAGCGUUUCCUGUUUACUCGUUGAUGGGGGUAUAGCUUUAGCUAGAUAGCUUGCAUCUCUGUCAAAUGUCAUCAUUAACUAAUUGGUUUCUUAUCUAGACAAUCCUCUACAUUUCAGAGAGUGACAGUAGCUAACGUUAAUAAACUAACGUUAAAUGUCGGCGAAAAAGUAGCUAGCUAUACAUGAAGCAAAAAGAAUGCGUUAGUUCAGCUAACGUAAAUUGUAGCAAGCUGACUAAGCCAGACUUCCUGUUCAAAUUCCUAGUGAUUGGGAAUGCCGGAACUGGAAAAUCAUGUCUUCUUCACCAGUUUAUUGAGAAGAGAUUCAAAGACGAUUCGAAUCACACCAUUGGAGUGGAGUUUGGCUCAAAGAUAAUCAACGUGGGGAACAAAUAUGUCAAACUCCAAAUCUGGGACACUGCAGGACAAGAGAGAUUCAGAUCUGUGACGCGAAGUUACUACAGAGGCGCUGCAGGAGCGCUGCUUGUGUAUGACAUCACCAGCCGGGAAACCUACAACGCCCUGACUAACUGGCUGACAGACGCCAGGAUGCUGGCCAGCCAAAACAUUGUCAUCAUCCUGUGUGGUAACAAGAAGGACUUGGAUGCAGACAGGGAGGUCACCUUCCUGGAGGCGUCUCGCUUUGCUCAGGAAAAUGAGCUGAUGUUUCUGGAGACCAGUGCUCUGACAGGGGAGAACGUGGAGGAGGCCUUUGUGCAGUGUGCUAGGAAAAUUCUCAACAAGAUAGAGUCGGGAGAGUUGGACCCGGAGCGGAUGGGAUCAGGGAUCCAGUACGGAGACGCGGCGCUGCGACAGCUGCGCUCCCCUCGCAGGGGACAGGCCGAGAGUGCCCAGGAAUGUGGCUGUUAGUGAACAAGCUCAGUGUGCCCAGAUCCAAGGCAGGUUGGUGAAGACUCAGAUGACUGAUGUAGGGAACAUGAUACAUCGUGGCGGAGCAACUCUUCCCAGACCUUUUUCUAACUUCCCAACUUCCGGAUGUUCCAUCAGUGAUCCAUAGAGAGUCCUGGAUUUUUGGCCCCAAUCUGGAAUGCUGAGCUUGUUCCUGGACCCCUCAGACACAGGCAGAGAUGCCCCUGUUCCAAUCUCCUCUAAGAGUGGACCAAGCCCUUCAAUCAUCUAGGCUGUAUUCGUAAUGCGUCUUUAAGUCGGAGUGCUGAUAUUAUUUAUUUUUCCUCUUAGAUCAUAAUGAAUAAGACAACAUGGACAAGGGGACCUGAUCCUCGAUCAGCACACUUAAUCAGAGACACUAAAUGAUUACGGGCCCUGGAAUUUUACUUACACCCCUGUACUGCUGCCCUAUCCCUACCCACAGCAUCUUGCAUUAUGUACAGCACUAUCUGUAUAAAGAAUAUAUCAUCUAAGUACCUCAAAGCAUGUUUUAUGGACUGAAUAUCACAGUAUUUCAUUAUUAACUGAAUAAUAAUCUAUCAAUUAUGACAUCACAUUUUCCUUUGUCAUGUUACGGUGAGAAUUAUCAAUCAGCACUGUCUCAUAUGCCUGCUGGUUUCAUCAACCUGUUGUUUGUCAUGUUACAGUGAGAAUUAUCAAUCAGCACUGUCUCAUGCCUGCUGGUUGCAUCGACCUGUUGUUUGGUCAUGUUACGGUGAGAAUUAUCAAUCAGCACUGUCUCAUGCCUGCUGGUUGCAUCGACCUGUUGUUUGUCAUGUUACAGUGAGAAUUGUCAGUCGGCACUGUCUCACGCCUGCUGGUUGCAUCGACCUGUUGUUUGUCAUGUUACGGUGAGAAUUGUCAGUCGGCACUGUCUCACGCCUGCUGGUGUCAUCGACCUGUUUGUCAUGUUACGGUGAGAAUUGUCAGUCGGCACUGUCUCACGCCUGCUGGUGUCAUCGACCUGUUUGUCAUGUUACGGUGAGAAUUGUCAGUCGGCACUGUCUCACGCCUGCUGGUGUCAUCGACCUGUUGUUUGUCAUGUUACGGUGAGAAUUGUCAGUCGGCACUGUCUCACGCCUGCUGGUGUCAUCGACCUGUUGUUUGUCAUGUUACGGUGAGAAUUGUCAGUCGGCACUGUCUCAUGCCUGCUGGUGUCAUCGACCUGUUGUUUGUCAUGUUACGGUGAGAAUUGUCAGUCGGCACUGUCUCACACCUGCUGGUGUCAUCGACCUGUUUGUCAUGUUACGGUGAGAAUUGUCAGUCGGCACUGUCUCACGCCUGCUGGUGUCAUCGACCUGUUGUUUGUCAUGUUACGGUGAGAAUUGUCAGUCGGCACUGUCUCACGCCUGCUGGUUGCAUCGACCCGUUUGUCAUGUUCUUUGUGUUGAUAUUAUUAGUUGUUUUCCCUAAUUGUUAUGACUCAUGCUUUUAAAAAUGUAUUCUCAAUAAUAUAGCUACUCUUUUUUUUAAAAUAAAGUAUAACUAAAUUGUGAUAAGGUGAUUCCUCUUACUUUAUUACGUGUGUCUGUAAUAUCCAUUUCGAAUACUUGGUAACACUAAAAAUGAAGUUGAUGUUCUACUUGUAAUAAAACUGUAAUUACUAUAGUAAGUCUACCUGUGUAACACUAAUUACUAUAGUAAUAUUCUACCUGUAUAAUAACACUUCCUAUAGUAAUAUUCUACCUGUAUAAUAACACUUCCUAUAGUAAUAUUCUACCUGUAUAAUAACACUUCCUAUAGUAAUAUUCUACCUGUGUAAUAACACUUACUGUAGUAAUAUUCUACCUGUGUAAUAACACUUACUGUAGUAAUAUUCUACCUGUAUAAUAACACUUCCUAUAGUAAUAUUCUACCUGUGUAAUAACACUUCCUAUAGUAAUAUUCUACCUGUGUAAUAACACUUACUGUAGUAAUAUUCUACCUGUGUAAUAACACUUCCUGUAGUAAUAUUCUACCUGUGUAAUAACACUUCCUAUAGUAAUAUUCUACCUGUGUAAUAACACUUCCUAUAGUAAUAUUCUACCUGUGUAACACUAAUUACUAUAGUAAUAUUCUACCUGUGUAAUAACACUUACUGUAGUAAUAUUCUACCUGUAUAAUAACACUUCCUAUAGUAAUAUUCUACCUGUGUAAUAACACUUACUGUAGUAAUAUUCUACCGGUGUAAUAACACUUCCUAUAGUAAUAUUC